CUGUUUUAAGGUUAGGGUUUCUGCUACUCGCGUCCUUGAGGAGCCCGACACAGAACGUCACUGGACAGAAGAAGACUCCCAGAAGAACCGAAGUCGAGAAGAGACUUUGGAAAGAUCAGGCCUUACAAUUUCUUCUCUCUUCCGAAAGAAAAACGCUUUGAUUAGAUUCGCGAACUAGUUUAUCACACCGUCUCGAUUCGGUAAUAUCUUUCAAGGUCUUUUACGACCUUGUUGGGGAUGGAUUUCGACGAGUACGAUUACCUAGAGAAGACUGUGGAAAAUCCAGAGCCUCCGAAAGAGAAGGAAUCUGCAAAUGGCGAUGCAGUGAAGUCAGAGGAGAGGGACCGGAGCCGCGGUUCGAAGCACAGGAACGAGGACGCUGACCGCGAUGCGGACCACCACCGCAGCUCGAAGCGGCCAAGAUCGGAGGAUGAGCCCAGAGACCGCGAUCGCGACCGGCAUCGGGAACGGGAGUCGAGGUCGGAUCGGAGCGAGAAGGACCGGCAUAGGAGCAGCAGGGAACUGAGGGAUAAGGAUUGGGAGGAGAGGAAUGGAAAGGAGAAGGACCGGGAGAGGGAUAGGGAGCGGGAACGGGAUCGCGACCGGGACCGGGAUAGAGAACGAGAGAAGGAGAGAGAGCGGGAGCGGUCCCGUCGAAGCAGGAGCCGCUCUGAGAGGCACCGCAGUGAGCGUGAUAAGGAUGUGGAGCCUGUGAGGGAACGCGAGAAGAGCAGAGAUAGGGAGUUUAGAGAAAAAGAAAGAGAAAGAGAGAGGGAGAUACGAGAUCGAGACCGGGAUUCAAGACGAUAUAAAGAGAAGAAAGAAGAAGUUGCAGAGCCAGAGGCCGACCCUGAACGGGACCAAAGGACCGUAUUUGCAUAUCAGAUUUGCUUGAAGGCGGAUGAAAGAGACGUGUAUGAAUUUUUUUCAAGGGCUGGAAAGGUGCGGGAUGUUCGUCUCAUUAUGGACCGUAAUUCAAGACGUUCUAAGGGAGUUGGGUAUAUUGAAUUUUAUGAUGCGAUGUCAGUUCCAAUGGCUAUAGCACUCUCCGGUCAACCUCUUCUUGGUCAACCAGUGAUGGUUAAACCAUCAGAGGCUGAAAAGAAUCUGGUUCAAUCAAAUACAGCUGUUGGGGGUGCAGGUGGUCUUAUUGGACCUUAUUCUGGGGGAGCUAGAAGGCUAUAUGUUGGCAAUCUGCAUUUCAAUAUCACAGAAGAUCAACUUCGACAGGUGUUUGAACCAUUUGGUCCUGUGGAGCUGGUGCAAUUGCCUCUUGAUCCAGAGACUGGGCAGUGCAAAGGUUUUGGUUUUGUUCAGUUUGCCCGUCUCGAAGAUGCUAGGGCUGCUCAAAGUUUGAACGGGCAACUCGACAUUGCUGGCAGGAUAAUAAAGGUGUCAGCUGUUUCUGAUCAAGUCGGAAUGCAAGAUGUUGGGGCAAAUGCUGGUGAUUUUGAUGACGACGAUGGUGGAGGCUUGGCUCUGAAUGCUCGUUCUAGAGCUAUUCUCAUGCAGAAAUUGGAUCGGAGCGGCGCCACAAGUAUAACUGGAUCACUUGGCACUGCUGCCGUCAAUGGUCCUCCUCUCACUGUACCGACGGCACCACUCCUUGGCAUUGCUCCAGCUGUUACUCCCCUUUUACCCGCACUUGGUGGACAGGCAGCUGUGCUUUCGGCUUUGUCAAAUCCAAGCCUUCCAAUUCUUCCUUUGCCUACUGCUCCAGUCGAUACCAUUGGGGUCCCCAGUGAAUGUCUGCUACUGAAGAAUAUGUUUGAUCCCGAGAAUGAGACUGAACCAGAUUUUGAUUUAGAUAUCAAAGAAGAUGUUCAGGAUGAAUGCUCAAAAUUUGGCAGCGUGAAACAUAUCUUUGUGGACAAGAAUAGUGCUGGCUUCGUGUAUUUACGAUUUGAAAAUGUAACAAGUGCCAUGAGUGCACAACGUGCCCUCCACGGGCGGUGGUUUGCUGGGAAGAUGAUCACGGCCACAUACAUGCUACCUCAGAAUUAUGAGGCAAAGUUUCCAGAGAGCAAAUAAGCAGAGAUGCAAACGAAGUAAUGAGAAAGAGUAGAUAAUAUAGUCAACACUGUUAGCAGUACUUUGGAAUCUGGUUCCUUGUGGUUGUUUUAAUCCAUCUGUGUUUUAAUCAAUCAAUUGUUACGAAUUAUGUUGAAUUUGUUGAAAGUGGUGAAAAAGAAGGGUAAAAUUGUUUGUGU